AUGGGUCCCAAUGAGCUGCAGCCAGGCCAGUUACUGACAGGGUUUUCCACAAGUUUCUACUGUGGAGCAAGGUGCAAGGUCUCUGCUCUCACUUGGCUUCUUCCCCCUCCCCAGGAUGCGCCAACCUCAGAAGAGCUGGAGCAGUUUGCCAAGGACCUCAAGCACAAGCGCAUCAUGCUGGGCUUCACGCAGGCUGACGUGGGGCUGGCUCUCGGCACCCUCUAUGGGAAGAUGUUCAGCCAGACAACCAUCUGCCGCUUCGAAGCCCUCCAGCUCAGCUUCAAGAACAUGUGCAAGCUGAAGCCGCUGCUGCAGCGCUGGCUCAACGAGGCGGAGAACACGGACAACAUGCAGGAGUGCCGAGGCCUCUCUUUGAAUGCAGAGCAAGUGUUGGCUCAAGCCCGGAAGAGAAAACGCAGGACCAGCAUUGAGACCAACGUCAAGGGCACGCUGGAGAGCUUCUUCCGCAAGUGUGUGAAGCCCAGUCCCCAGGAGAUCUCCCAGAUCGCCGAGGAUCUCAACCUGGACAAAGACGUUGUCCGGGUCUGGUUCUGCAACCGGCGCCAGAAAGGCAAGCGGCUGCUGCUGCCCUUUGGCAACGAGGCGGAAGGGGUGAUGUAUGACAUGAACCAGUCGCUGGUGUCUGCCGGCCUGCCCGUCCCGGUGACGUCCCAGGGCUACAGCCUCGCUCCGUCCCCUCCGGUCUACAUGCCGCCCUUCCACAAGGCCGAGAUGUUCCCUCCAGCUCUGCAACCCGGGCUCUCCAUGAGUAACAGCAGCCACUGAACCAGGGGCUGCGGGGGCAGUUUGGGGGCCGGG